GAUCUGUAGUCUACCGACUACCAGUAAAAUCACAGCAUAAAGAAAGGAGACUCGAACGAUGUUGACCAUGGAAGUGCAGUUGGAUGUGAUCUGCUGUAAAUCAGUGGGAACUGAUCUAUCCAUGCUGGAUAUUGAAGAUUUUAUCACUGAAAUCUGUCAGCUGAAGAAGGAGGUGGCAUCACUGGAGGCAAAGCUGAGAGAGAGAGGAGACAAACUGAACAAAGAGGUUGGUCAGCAGAUGCAGCAGACACAGCUGAAGAUGUGCUCCGUCAAACUAGUGGACUGCAGGAACCUGAUAGAGAGCAGAGGAGAAAAAAACACAGUAGAGGAACAACAACAGCACCAUGAGUAUGAUGAUGAUGGCUGGAUUGAUGAUGAUGGGAAUGAUGGGACAGAAGCUCAGGAUUCAGUCUGGAGAUCCAGAUACACACAGGACUCAGAGCUCAGUCACACGUUACUCUGUUAUGCUGACGCCCAGGAUCAUGGAUCUGCUGAUGAAACCUCUGACUGUAACGCUGGAGAACAGCAGAUGGUGCAGAUGUGCUCUGUCAAACUAGUGGACUGCAGGAACCUGAUAGAGAGCAGAGGAGAAAAAAACACAGCAAAGGAACAACAACAGCACCAUGAGGAUGAUGAUGACUGGAUUGAUGAUGAUGAGAAUGAUGGGACAGAAACUCAGGAUUCAGUCUGGAGAUCCAGAGACACACAGGACUCAGAGCUCAGUCACACGUUACUCUGUUAUACUGAUGCCCAGAAUGAUGGAUCUGCUGAUGAAAUCUCUGACUGUAACGCUGGAGAACAGCAGAUGCAGCAGACACAGCUGAAGAUGUGCUCCGUCAGACUGGUGGACUGCAAGAACCUGAUAGAGAGCAGAGAAGAAAAAAACAGAGUAGAGGAACAACAACAGAGCCAUGAGGAUGAUGAUGAUGAUGAAGAGGAAGAACAACUGAGUUAUGAGAAUGAUGAUGAUGAUGAUGAGGAACAACAACUGAGCCAUGAGAAUGAUGAUGAUGAUGAUGAGGAACAACAACUGAGCCAUGAGAAUGAUGAUGAUGAGGAACAACAACUGAGCCAUGAGAAUGAUGAUGAUGAUGAAGAUUACAAUAUUGAUGACGAUGAUGAUCAGAAUGAUGAUGAUCAGAAUGAUGAGGAUGAGGUCUUUUUUCCUUCAAACGACAACGUUGGUUUGUCUUCUGAUGGAGAAACUGCCUCUACAUCCAAAGAGCAACACACAGUGACCAGCAGUAAAAAAACCAGACAUAAGAGAAAACACACAGAACAGAAAGACUUGACCUGCACGAUAUGUGACAUUAGCUUUCAUACCUUAGAAGAGAGGAGACUUCAUUCAAAAGAGCACAAAGUGAAGAAGGACUUUCGCUGCAAACUAUGCGGGAAGGAUUUUUUCAUUACUCCUUAUGCUAUGAGAGCUCAUAUAAAUACACACAGUGAAAAGUUCUUACAAUGCGACGAGUGUAACAAGUAUUUCCGCACUAAACCGCAUCUUUUGAUGCAUAAGAGAAUCCACACGGGCGAAAAGUUGUACAAGUGCCCUCACUGUGAGAAGAGGUUCACCCAUGGAUCCCAUCUGAAGAAACAUCUUCUCAUACACACCAAUAAGAGCCUGUAUCAGUGCGGUGAAUGUGGGAAAAGCUAUAAGAGCUUAGCUUGUCUGGUGUUACAUAAAAAUAUACACACGGAGGACAAACGGUAUCAAUGUUCAUACUGUGAGAAACGCUUCUAUCAUUUGACUCACCGGAAAAUCCAUGAGAGGAUUCACACUGGAGAGAAACCGUAUCUGUGCUCCUACUGUGGGAAGAGCUUUGCUAGUCCAUUUUCUCUCAAAGUUCAUCUGAGAGUUCACACGGGAGAAAGACCGUAUCCCUGUAGUGAUUGUGGCAAGAGAUUUUAUAAGUCAAGUGACUUAAAAAUACACCAGAGGAUUCAUACAGGAGAAAAACCUUAUAAAUGCUCAUAUUGUGACAAGACUUUCGCUCGAUCAAGUGCCAUGAGGGUCCACAAGCGAAUGCAUACAGGAGAGAAACCUUAUGGCUGCCCCAUCUGCGGCGAGAGUUUCCCUUUUAAAUGGGGGCUUCAGACUCACCAGAAGAAACACGCGAACACAGACUCACCAUAGCUUUAAUGUCUAUAUUUUAAGGGUUGUGUUACACCUUGCAGUGUUAUGGGAACUUUACUUUAUGGUUGUAAAAAGUUUUAAACUAGACAUGUAUCUGGAACCUGGUGUUUUCGAUAAGAUACUGAUAUUUUCAAAGUCAAAUAUAUCCUUGAUAUCGAUACCAAUACACCUGGCAGUGUUAUAGGAACUUAACUUUAUUGUUGUAAAUAAUUAAAACUAGAAAUGUAUCUAGAACCUGGUGUUUACAGUUCUCAGACACUGACUGGCUGUUGCAGCCAUAAAAUGCAACCUUUUUAUUGUGACAAUAUGUGACCCUGGACAACAAAACCAGUCUUAUGGGUCAAUUUUUCAAAAUUGAGAUUUUUUCAUCACCUGAAAGCUGAAUAAUUAAGCUUUCUAUUGAUGUAUGGGUUGUUAGGAUAGGACAAUAUCGGGUGGAGAUACGACAGUUUAAAACUCUGGAAUCUGAGGGUGCAAAAAAAUCAAAAUAUUGAGAAAAUCGCCUUCGAAAUUGUUAAUCGGAGGCACUGUAGCAGGCCAUCCACUCACAAAAAUAAAAUUAUGAUAUAUUUAUGGUAGGAAAUUUGCUAAAUAUCUUCAUGGAACAUGAUCUUUACUUAAAAUCCUAAUGAUUUUUGGCAUAAAAGAAAAAUAGAUAAUUUUGACCCAUACAAUGUAUUUUGGGCUUUUACUAAAAAUGUUUCUGUGCUACUUAAGACUGGUUUUGUGAUCCAGAGUCACAUAUAUGAUUUAACAUUAGUUACAUUAUAGAGCUUUUUUGAACUUUUAACAUUCAACUUAAAUACAUGCACAAACCAUAUAGGCAACACAAUUUAUUGUAAAAUUACUCAAACAUAUGUGUUUCUGUCCUCUGCUAAUCAUUGUUCUGGGCCGCAUUUCACAAAAGCAUUAGUGGUUUCUUAAAAUACGUUUGAGAGAAAGUGCUUCAUUAGAAACUUCGGUGAAAGUGUUUUGGAGCUCAACUCUACACGACAUUGGCCCUCCAGAAGAAAGACAGGACACCCCUGCUCUAGAACAUUUAUUGUGUUUAAAUGAAUUCUCUGGAUUAGGGCUGUCAAACCAUUAAUCAUGAUUAAUGUUUUUACAGAAUAAAUGUCUGCAUACUGUGCAUAUUAUUUUUUUCUUUAUAAACAUAUACACAUGCAUGUAUACACAUUUAGGAAAUAUUUACAUGUACAGACAUGCUCAAAUUUGUUGGUACCCCUCCACAAAAAACGAAGAAUGCACAAUAUUCUCUGAAAUAACUUGAAACUGACAAAAGUAAUUGGCAUCCACCAUUGUUUAUUCCAUAUUUAAUAGAAAUCAGACUUU